UGACGUUGACCCUGCCGCCAUCUUGCUUGUUUGUGUCGGGUUUCCAGGCAGGUCGGUCGGUCGGGUUUCCGAGCCACUCCGCUGCUCCGGGAGAUCGAGGGAGGGAGGGAGGUCCGGGGAGCCAGCCACCGCUGCCCGCCUCGCUGGAAGUGAACAAGAGCAUUCUGGAGUUGGGAGCUCUGCUUGCGUGAUAGACGUCGAGGCUGUAGGCUGGUCCUCAGGCUCGUACAGAGUAUAGCCAGCGAAGCCAGGCCCUAUGUGCUGUGCUCCAUGUCUCCUCCAAGCUGUGGCCCAGUAACGCAAUGUGCCUUUUGGACACCAUGGAAGUGGGGAACUAUGGCAACAACACAGUCUCAGAGAGACACAAAGGAGUGCUUUUGGAGCCCUUCAUUCACCAAGUCGGCGGGCACUCCAGUAUGAUGCGCUAUGAUGAUCACACCGUCUGCAAACCCCUCAUCACUCGCGAGCAGAGGUUCUACGAAUCGCUGCCACCAGAAAUGAAAGAAUUUACACCGGAAUACAAAGGUGUUGUGUUGGUAUGUUUUGAAGGAGACAGCGAUGGUUACAUUAACCUGAUCGCGUAUCCGUAUGAGGAGAGCGAAGGUUUGGAGCCGGAAGAACUUCCAGAAAGGGAACAACCCCGCAGGAAGCACUCGCGAAGAAGUUUCUUUCGAUCGAGCAGCAACCUUGAAAACCUGAUCCAGAAAGAAGAUCCCGACAUCCCGGAGAGCAUUCAGGCGAUGAAGAGCACAAAGUUGGAGGUACAGAUCCAGUCAGAGAUUCCCUUCCAGAUGUUGGAUGGAAACAGCGGGGUGACCUCAGAGAAGAUCAGCUUCAAUCCAUGGAGUCUACGCUGCCACAAGCAGCAACUGAGCCGCAUGCGCUCCGAAUCACACAACCGCAAGUUCUACAAGUUCCUCCUCCUGGAAAAUGUGGUUCAUCAGUUCCGUCAUCCCUGUAUCCUGGAUCUGAAGAUGGGAACCAGGCAACACGGAGAUGAUGCUUCUGAGGAAAAGGCAGCGCGACAGAUGAAGAAAUGUGAACUAAGUACAUCAGCAACACUGGGUGUGCGAGUGUGUGGAAUGCAGGUGUUCCAGUUAGACUCAGGGCAUUACCUCUGGAGGAACAAGUACUAUGGCCGCAGUCUUUCCAUUGAGGGAUUCGGGGAGACCCUGCAUCAGUUUCUGCACAACGGCAAAUACCUGCGCAAGGACUUGUUUGAUGCCAUCCUGCAGAAGCUCCGUAACCUCAAAGCGGUCCUGGAAAAGCAAGCCUCCUAUCGCUUCUAUUCCAGUUCUUUACUGAUCAUCUACGACGGGAAGGAGAGGAAAGCGGACUUUCGACACAAAUACUCGGAAACAUUCGUCCCCCAGGACAACAGCACGCAGGAAACCAUUAGCCCUGUGCCAUCCUCUUCCUCCAACGGCUCUCCGCCCAUGCCCAAACUUGACGUGCGGAUGAUUGACUUUGCUCACAGCACAUUCAGGGGGUUCCCAGACGACCAAACUGUUCACGACGGGCCUGACAAAGGCUAUAUCUUUGGAUUGGAGAAUCUCAUUAAUAUCCUAGAAGAGAUUCAAAAUGAAAAUCAGUAGCAUACUCCAAAAUGUUUCCUAUUUCUUUAUGUCUAUUUACUCAGUGGGUGAUUCCCUCCUCUCUCCUCUCUAUCUCCCCUCCCCCCACCCCCCAAGCACAUACUAUGACUGCUUAUUCUGAUAUUCAUCGUAACGGUGACAUCAUAGAAAAGUACUGUUCACUUCUGGCAAAUCGCUAGACACAAGUGAGUUUGUUAGACCUGAUUGUUCUACCACAGUGUAUACUCUUUUGUUUAGUCAAGUGAAGCAGAAUUUCCUACACUGACAACACCUCUUGAUCCUGUACAGGGAGCGGUGCUAUUCACUGACUGAUGCCUCCUAUGCAGUGGCAGAGGCUAAUGUGGAACUGUUCACUGAGCACCAAGGUAGCAAGUAGGUUACCCACUGCUCCCCAAAGACAAACUGCAUGGAUCUGCCAUAUGUACAUUUGUAAAUGUUGGGACAAAUUCCUCAUUUACGACCACCCUGAUUGUGAGUGAAGGACUCUGUAAUCUAACACUCAGGUUUGUUAGCUGCCAAGGUGUGUGAGUUUAUUUGAAUUUCUCUUCUUCCCACGAAUAUUAUUCCCCAAAUAUCUGGCCAGCGUAUGUGUUUGCUGAGGUUAUUCUCUCACUGCGCCAGCGAUUAAUGCACAGAGCCUGCUGCUACUCACCUAUUCCUUGGAGAUUAUUGCACGUUCUCUAGAAAGAAAAGCAGAUCAGUUUGAAUAGUUCAAAUCACGGACCAACGCUGGUUACUGCACAGGACUGAGUAUAUUAGGCUCAGAGCUUUGUACCGGUGACAGAUACGAGUAUCACAAAGCCAGGCUUCUGCUAGCGAGCACAAUCUCCUUGUCAGCACUCGGGCAAGAAAUCGAUCAGACUAACCCGCUCAGUGCUGUCAUGGACUUCCAGUGAAUGCAACCAGAAGUAUCGGGACAGUCAAAGCCAUUUCCUGUUCCUUAUCCUCAGAAGGACUUGGCUUUCCUUUGUUUGUGCAGUUCCAUAACGUAUGUACUGUUAAAUUCAAUGAAGAUAUUUUAGAAGAUUGUAGGAAAGCACAUGGGCAAGAGGGCAGGUGUUCUAUAAAACCUUCCCUGCACGCUGUUCCUAGUAUAGAGCUUUUAUGUUGCCAUCCUUUUGUUUUUAGAAUAUAUCGACUUGACACCGUUUGACCACAAGUAAUCGCCGUGUUUUAAAGAGUUUUGAAUCAGAUUAUAAUAUGUAGUUUUAAAAAAAAAUGCAUUAUUUUGUUACGUUUAUCUCAAAUCUUUAUUUUNAUCUUUUAAAAGUGUAUGUUUCAGUCCAGAUCACAAAGUGUUGUGUUGAGAGAGAUUGAGAGACCCGGUUUACAGAAUGGCCGACGAUUUCUUGAAGCUGCAGUAUUUACCCCUGGAAGUGGUUCACGUAAGACCACUUACGGAAAGCGCUUAUGGAAACGCUCAGAUCACCAGCAGUUUUACUCAAAUGAACCACCAACAACUGACUGACUGGAGUUGGGGUCUGCAAUGCUGGACUGAAAUUGUACAGCACAGUGGUGUGAAACUUUCAGGCCUGAUUAAAUAACUCUGAGCCCCUCUAAAUGGUUUGUACUCAGACCAAAUGUGUUUAAACAUUUCAUCCGAAUUCAUUGUAUUCUUUGAGCCACGCUUAUGUUCAAAGGCACUGGAGUGAUAAUGUGCUUCUUUCAGAUUUUUUUUCCUGAUCCAGUUACAAUCUUUUAUAUGUGAGUACGUAAUAUGAGGCUGCUUACUUCAGCUGUUCCACAUUCCUCCUGCUUGUAGAUUUCCAGUAAUCAGACCAUACAUCGCCCUGUGCUUCGAUAAUUUCACCAGAUUUUCUUCUUGUCAUUGGGGACCAACUGCCUGAUUUGCCUGAAAGUAUUCUUGAUUCUACAUUUGCAACCUUUUAACCCUUUGUUGUUGGUGACAUUUGAGUCUGUCAGGCAUGUAUUCGAUAAGCUUGUUGAUUCUUGCUUGAAUCAGCAGCUUGGUGGGUUUCCUCUCCUGCUAGGAUAGGAGAGGAAAUGGACAGUUUGCCCAUUGAUUGGGUUUGAGAAGGUUAGAUGGGGUUAGCUUGUUCUUUUCACCCAUUACCAGGGGCUUUAGGAAAUACGAGCAGGAAACAUCGGGGGUUGACUCACAGCUGAAGA